CCAAAAUUUAAGUUUCACUCUUCACAUCAAUCAGUUUCUUCUUCCUUACUCAUCAUGAGCAACGAUAACGAAAAAGUGAUUUGUAGUAUAUGCAUAUGUAGCCUUGCUUGUCAAGAUGAUUCCUCUGUUGUCACUCAAUGUGGACACGUCUAUCAUAUUACUUGCAUUAACACUUGGCUAAGACAGCCAUCAAAAUGCCCUCUUUGUAAUGAAGCAGUUUCUCUGCAGCAACUUAAGACUGUCUUCUUGUCUGUACCUCGGUCAGCUGUUUCUUCCUCAAAAACAAAGAAGGCUCUCCCAAAUGCAGCUGAUAAAUUAACCUCUAGUACAUCUACAAAUAAUCAGCAAAUUAACUCGGUUGCACACAGAAAUGAAGAACUUGACAAAGAAAUCGAGUAUCAGUUCAAGAUUUUUCAAAGUGAUGCAGUCAGUUUAGUUCUUUCCAAACGCACAGAGGGCUAUAUCAAGAUAUUAGAAUGUUUGAAGAAAGAAAAUGAAGAUACCAUUCGUGCCAAAGAUAUAGUGAUUGUUGCGCUGAAUGAAAAGUUACGUAAAAAUUCAAGUAGACUUGAUAAUUACUGUUCCCAAAUGGCAACCAUUGACAAAAAGAACAGAAAAGUUGCCGAUCUAAAAGAUGAAGUAACUCGAACUCAACCUUUGCAUAAGGAAUGGCAGGCCAAUACAAAUAAAAGAAAACAAGAACUACAGCUUAAAAUCAAUCGGCUGCAUGCUCUUAGUAUGAAUGACGAAUGCUUGGCCUUUAAAAGACUUGAUGAGCUUGAAAGAAAACUCAAAACCGCUCUUGAAAUAGAAGCUGCUUUGAAAAAAAGAUUGAAGAUCUCAAUGUGCAUUUGA